AUGACAUUGACGAUCCAUUCAGCACCAGGGAGCUCAGGGUACUUGGACAUGUAUCCAGAGAGAAGGAUGUCUUAUUUUGGUAAUCCUUACAUUCUCGGUUUGACUCUUACUGCUGGUAUCGGUGGUCUUCUCUUCGGCUAUGACACAGGUGUAAUAUCUGGUGCCCUUUUGUACAUUAAAGAUGAUUUCCAAGUUGUUAAACAAAGCAGUUUCUUACAGGAAACUAUUCUGGUGCUAUCGUUAUGGCUGCUGCUCCUGAUCCUUAUGUCUUGA